UGCGAGGCCACGGAGAAUUUGUCCAAUCGAGCUGCCCACCGCAGAAGAGGCGCCGAACGCUAGCGAUAUGAUAGGAUUCUUGAGUUUGCGACAGCAAGAAUCGUGAUUCGAUCAAAGACGGAGAGAAUCAUGAGCGGAGCAUGGGGCGACCAAUCAUCAUUGAUCAUCUUGAGACAUGCCCCGAGGAAAUAAGCCGAGUGCCAUAUCGCUGCAUAUUUGUGCCGUGGGCGAGAUACCACAAGUGCUGCACCAGUCAGAGAGACGUCCGAGACAGAAUCAGUGAGACCUUAUCGGACAUUUGACCAGGUGAAAGUGAGCGCCGUUGCGCCAGUUAGCAGAGCACAUACGUACAUAAGCACCCGCGGUCCCGAACGCCGCGCCAGUUUACCACAGGGAGUGUCAGAUAUAGUGUUGAAGAAAAGAAAAAGUCACGCCGUCCCAGAAAGGUAGCGAGAAGUACCUUGCAGAUAGCAUAAUAGAGUCUAAUGAGAGUUUGAAGGCUUCCAAAAUAUGCCCGCUCAUGUUC